AUGCCGAGUUAUGCUAAAUUCAUGAAAGGUAUUCUAUCUCGGAAACUCAAACUUGAGGAAUUGGAGACCGUAGCUUUGACCAAGGAGUGUAGUGCGGUGUUGCAGCAAAAAUUGCCUCCGAAGCUGAAAGAUCCGGGAAGUUUCACAAUCCCGUGUAGUAUUGGGGAGUUAUCUUUCACCAAGUGCUUGUGUGACUUGGGAGCUAGCAUCAAUCUGAUGCCGUUGUCCGUCUUCAAGAAACUUGGUUUGCCGGAGCCGAAACCUACAAACAUGUCAUUACAACUGGCUGAUCGGUCGAUCACAUACCCACGAGGUAUAGUGGAGGAUGUCUUGGUUAAGGUGGAAAAGCUCAUCUUCCCGGCUGAUUUUGUUAUUCUAGACUUCGAGGAGGAUAUUAAGAUUCCCAUAAUCUUGGGAAGUCCAUUCUUAGCUACAGGCCAAACUUUGAUCGAUGUGCAAAAAGGAGAGCUUACAAUGAGAGUUCAAGAUCAGAGUGUCACUUUUAAGGUGUUCAAUGCAAUGAAAUUUCCAACCUACGAAGAAGAAUGCUUUAAGGUGGAGCCACUAUAA